UAUGCUGUAAUGAUUGAAGACGAACAGUUUUUUCCACUUGAAAAUUAGUGAAGAUUCUGAAGAAGAUAAAAGAUGAAUUUUUUGAAGAAAAUUUAGUUCCUUAGAAGAAGAAAAGGAAGUGUAGAAAGGAAAAAAUUGGAAAAGCCGAUGGUAAAAGAUAAAAAUUGUUGAAGGAAAAUUAAAAAAUGAAAAGAAGAAAAAGGAAUUUUAAAUUUGAUGCUUUACGAAGAAUAAAUAAAUAAAUUGGCAAUUCAAGUCAGUGAACCAUUGAAUAUGAAAUAUCAAUCAAUAAAACAAUCUGCAGCAUGGGCAGUUCAAUCAGCAUCGAUUUUAACACAGUUCUAACUUGCACUCGAUGAUAAAAAUUAAAAAAAAUAUUAUUUUCGUUUUAAAUUAAAUAUCUUAUUUUGAAAAUAAUAACUUACGAAAACACUGGCAUUAAUUUGAGACUAAGAGAAUAUUUAACGAUAACAAUUUAAACUACGGGUCCUGUCAUUAACUAUUUAGAGUUACGUGAUGCCUAAAGUGUAAGGGAACUAAAAUUGGACUACAAAUGAAAUGAAUCAAGUCAAUUUUGAGUUGUUAUUGACCUGUUUAAUAACAAAUUUUUUAUAAGGGUUGAAAAUUAUUUAAUUUUAUUCAUGAAUUUAUACCAGUUUAUUAUAUAUUUAUGAAUGUGUAAGAACCCUAUACGGUAUCUUCCGAAAAAAAAAGAACCCUAUACGAAAUCCAUAUUCACGAACAUGCGAAACUAUAUGCACGCACACGUCUUAAACGACCAACCUUUGAUUCAUUUGGAGCCCUAACUAAAUAAAUCACGGAAACGAAACUAAAGUAUAUUCAACAGCGCGCGCACAAGCCUAGCAUGCGCAUUAACCAUACGCAUCUAACGUACGCAUACUCAAACCAGAGAAUCGGAGAUAUAUAUUGAGAUAGAGUUUCGACUAUAUACCAGAAACGAAAGCAGAGGACGACGAAGGCAGUUUUGGUGACUUUAAAUUCGUUUAAUUCUCCAGUCAGACCGUCCAAUCUGAUUACAUCAACAGUCGAAACUCCAACACCGACGACGACGAAUGGGGCGAUUUCGUCGAGUACAUCCGUGGUUUCAAGAAACCUGACAAGUCUUAGUCACCAUAUUAAAUAGGUGAUUCAAGCAUUGUGCUUUGAUUGGUCUUUUCUCGGAGAGGGUUAAAAGAAAGAAGAUAGAGAGAAAUGGAUGAAGCACUAUUGCCAGAAAAAGAAGAGAGGAGAUGGGUGGAAACGCAGGGUGUGUUUGUGGAAGAAUUGAAGAAGUUGAGCAAGAUAGCAGCUCCAAUGGUGGCAGUGACUGUGUCACAGUAUCUCUUGCAAGUUGUGCCUGUGAUGAUGGUAGGACACCUCGGCGAACUCGCUCUCUCCAGCGUCGCCAUCGGCUCCUCUCUAUCCAGCGUCACCGGCUUCAGUCUCCUCUUAGGAUUUGCUAGCGCUUUGGAAACUCUAUGCGGCCAAGCUUAUGGAGCAGAGCAAUACCAAAAGGUUGGAAUUUACACUUGCACUGCCAUCAUCUCUCUCAUGAUGGUUUGUCUCCCGGUAUGUUUGGUAUGGAUCUUCCUGGGCAAAUUACUAGUAUUCAUAGGCCAAGACCCUUCAAUCUCAUAUGAAGCUGGUAAAUACGCUAUUUGGCUCAUCCCUGCACUAUUUGGUUAUGCAAUUCUUCAAUCGCUCAUUCGCUACUUCCAGACUCAGAGUAUAAUCCUUCCAAUGCUUUUGAGUUCAUGCACAAUCCUCUGUCUACAUGUACCUCUUUGCUGGUUUCUGGUGUUUAAGCUGGAAUUAGGAAGCACCGGGGCAGCAUUAGCCGUUGGCGUAUCGUACUGGUUGAAUGUGCUACUGCUUUGGUUAUACAUGAUGUAUUCUUCAUCCUGUGAGAAGACUCGCCUCCAGUUCUCAAACGAAAUUUUUCUUAAUAUUUGGGAGUUCUUCAGCAUUGGGAUCCCUUCUGCUGUAAUGAUUUGUCUUGAAUGGUGGUCAUUUGAGUUGCUUAUUCUGCUGUCUGGGCUUUUACCAAAUCCGAAACUUGAAGCUUCAGUGCUUUCAAUAUGCCUUACCACCACUGCAUUGCACUUCUUCAUACCUUAUGGAUUUAGUGCAGCUGUGAGCACUCGAGUUUCAAAUGAAUUAGGAGCCGGGAACCCACAGGCAGCAAGAGUGGCUGCAUGGACGGUAACAGUUCUUGGUGGGGCAGAUGCGAUUAUAAUAAGUACAAUUCUCUUCUGUUGCCGCUAUGUUCUUGGAUAUGCUUACAGCAGUGAGAAGGAAGUUGUUGAUUAUGUCAAAGAAAUGACUCCUCUACUUUGUUUGUCAGUUAUAAUGGACAGCUUACAAGCGGUACUUUCUGGCGUUGCCAGAGGAAGCGGAUUGCAACAUAUCGGGGCCUAUGUCAAUCUCGGGGCAUACUAUCUUAUUGGAAUUCCUGUAGCUGCAGUUUUGGGUUUUGCUCUGAAUUUAAGAGGGAAAGGCCUUUGGAUUGGAAUUUUAACAGGGUCUACAGUACAGGCAACUUUAUUUUUCCUCAUAACAAGUUUUACAAAUUGGCAAAAACAGUCAACCAAGGCAAGGGAGAGGAUGUAUGAAGGAAAAGUUUUAGCAGAGAAUUGAAUGAGUAAGUCAUAAAUAAUAAGCUGUUCUCUAGACGACAUUUUGUGGUUGCAUUUUAACUGUCUUAACUAUUAACAUCCCAUACUGGCAAGAGAAAAUGUUUUCUGAUAUUCAAAUUUUUCAUUGAUUUUGAUAGUGGUUUUAGUUCUUAUGUAGUCUAUGUUUGUAUGCGUGUCUAUCAAGGAAAUAUUGCAGUACACUUCUUUAAGAAACAAAUCAAUUCUUGAGGAGGAAUGAAAAAGACACGAGGAAAUUAUUCCACUUGUAGGGUGUGAUGAAUGACAUUAUAUACUAUGCCCAUUAGUUAUUCUAGCAAGUUAAGCAGAAAUAAAAGAACUGCAUAAAGCAAUUUUAAGGCGGAAAGUAGAUAUCAAAUAAAAUGAUAAUGAAUAAGAAAAUGUGGUCACCGGGUUAAGCCUUGAUUUAGUCGGGGUUUGAGGAUAUCCUCGUGUGGUCACCGGGUACAGUUUAUAGCGGUUAAAACGGUUGUUUGAAUGCCUAUGCUGGGCUUGUAGUCUUGGGUAGCUCCCAAGACCUUUUUAUAGUCUUGUUUACAUUUGUGCCUAGCCCAUUGCUUCUGUUCAUAUGCCUGAAUCUGGCUUUCCCACUUUGGGGACCCACUACACUAGCUUAACCUUUCGUCCUUUCCCAAAGCCAAAAGAAAAUUUGUUGACAUGCUUUUGUCAUCUUUUUACAAAAUUAAACACGUAAUUAUAAAAAAUAUCAUAAAAUAAAAGUUAUCAAGCAACACAAGUUACACAACUAAGAAAUAUCAUAAUUAUCGAAAAAAAAAAAAAAAAAAAACUAAGAAA